CUUGAAACUGAACGCUGAGGACAAAUUAAGAUCAGCUGACUGAUAGACACGCGGUUUGUCGUGCGUGGUUUCUAAAACGUGUGACGGCUCUUGUGAAACGUCAUUGUUGAAACGUGUGCCCUAUCGGUCGAUUACAUUGUUUUCUAUUGUUUUUAUAGUUCUGUUCAUUUUAGAAAUAAAAAUGGAAUUAGAUGUUUCUACGAAACCAAACGCUGUGGAGGUUAUAAGGGAGGCUUUGCGGGAAUUAACUUACACGGAAAGAAAGGAACACCGUAUGAAAAUAUUAAAUAAGAAUCGCGUGUCUUUAGGUAACAUCAUACUGGAUUCGUCUUUCACGCCGGAAUUUGUUGUUGACAAGGCGAAAGCGCUUAAAAAGAAGCCGUUACCGAUCGAGGAAUAUAGACAAUUGCAAAAUGCUCUUAUCCAGAGCGAAGAAAAUGUGACAUCAUUCUUGAAGGUGGACAAUAUAAUAUUUGCCCUAGUACGUGAUGUUUCCAGUAAUAAUCCAGCUUUACAGUUAUCUGCUAUCAGUUGCUGUUGUAACAUAGCGCUUGGAAAUGCAAAAGCUUGUACAACAUUGACUAAAAGUAUCGCGCCGUAUCUUAUUACAGAAUUAGAGAGUCUAAACUAUCCUUUAUUGGAAGUUUCUAUAUGGACAGUGGGAAAUUUGGUAGCAGAAUGCAGCAAGGCUUUUGAAAUUUUUCAUGCUCAGGAUUGUUUAAAAUAUAUUGUGUCGUUAAUGCAUAGUUGUGAUAAUACUAUCUUAUCCUCUGUAGCGUAUACGGCUAUGCAUUAUGUACAUAUUGGCUUUCCCCAUAUUCUCGAAAGUGAAAUGAUUGAACUUGUUAAAAUGAGUACAGAAAAAAGUCUCACCUUUGAGGAUCCUUAUCUUAUUUGGCUACUAGCUUUAUUAUCUUCUCAUCCUGCCUGUAACACGUAUUUAUAUAAUACAGUGCCUUUGAUAGUAGACUACUUAUACAAGAACACUACAAAUAAUAUCACAGCUAUAACAGAGAUUACAGCAUGUAUAAGGAUAUUAGCCAAUACUGUUAGCGAAAAGUCCGGACAAUUAGCGAAGUUUCUUUUGAAAAAUCCAAAGUAUCCCAACUCAGAUUCCGAGAUUUUAAACAAAUUACUCUCAUGCCAACACCUACACGUUAGGAAAGAAACUUUAUGGUUAAUAGGUAACCUUUACAAUCAUAACUGUUUGGAUAUUAAAAAACUUAUACAAGAUAUUAUACCCCAUUUAUCAUAUUUAAAACAAGCGAUUACUUCCAUAACGCAAGAUACUAUACCAAUGAAUACACACAUAAGUGUUUGAGCAAGUUUAUCAUGCUUUACAACAUAUUCACUACAGUAUUUACAUAUACCAGGAAUAAAUUGUCGCCGUAUUCCUAUGGAAGAAUGGUCGUCCCUUGAAAUGUCUUCUAUACAGGGCACCCUCACUAGAUUGAAAUAAAUGUGGCCCAUGAUGUUCGCUGUCGGAUGUUUGCUCGCUUUCAAACAGCGGUACAGUGCCUCGUCGCAGACACAGUGGGAUCUACAAAACAGGAAGAAGAUUGAUCUAUAUUAUAAUAGAUUAACCACGGUGUAUCGAAGAUACGCGAUUCACAUGUACAACCAGCGAA